AUGCUACCACCGUCGUUUCCAGCGCGGCGGCGCCCUGGGCGAACGAUCCUGCAGCCAGGUGGGGCAGGAUGGGGCCGGGGGACGCCGCCAAGGAGCUCACGUGCGAGGGCACCCCCGCCAGCUGGGGUCCAUGCCGCCUGCCGACUGCGCCGCCGCCUCACGUGCCGCAGGCUAGUGCUGGAGGAUGGCUCCGUGUGGCACGGCAAAGCCUUUGGCUACACCGGCACAACGGUGGGCGAGGUCGUGUUCAACACCUCCCUCACCGGCUACCAGGAGAUCCUGACCGACCCCUCCUACAAGGGCCAGUUCGUGGUGUUCACCUACCCACACAUCGGCAACGACAUGGAGUCGAGCAAGGCGCACCUGGGGGGCGUCAUUGUGCGCGACCUGUCGAUCAAGGUCUCCAACUACCGCUCCAACAUCACCCUGGACGAGUACCUGAAGCAGCACAAGGUGAUGGGCAUUGCGGGGGUGGACACGCGCGCCAUCACCCGCCGCCUGCGCGUGGACGGCUGCCUCAACGGCGUCAUCUGCACAGACGCCUCCAUCAGCGACGAGGACCUGGUGGCCCAGACCAAGGCGUGGACCAUUGUGGGCAAGGACCUGAUCAAGGAGGUGACCUGCUCGGAGCCGUACGAGUGGCAGGACCCCACGGGAGAGGAGUGGGAGUUUGCGCCCGAGGCCAAGGCCGCGGGUGGGAAGAAGCUCAAGGUGGUUGCCUACGACUACGGCAUCAAGCUCAACAUCCUGCGCCGCCUCACCUCCUUUGGAUGCUCCGUCACCGUCGUCCCCGCCGACUACCCGGCAGACAAGGUGCUGGCCAUGGACCCAGACGGCGUCUUCUUCUCCAACGGCCCGGGCGACCCGUCUGCUGUGCCGUACGCGGUGGAGAACGCCAAGCAGAUCCUGGGCAAGAAGCCCGUGUUUGGCAUCUGCAUGGGCCACCAGGUCCUGGGCCAGGCCUUUGGCGGCAAGACCUUCAAGCUCAAGUUUGGGCACCACGGCGGCAACCACCCGCUGCGGCACACCCCCACCGGCCGCAUCGAGAUCAGCGCCCAGAACCACAACUUUGCGGUGGACCCCGCCACGCUGCCGCCUGAGGUCGAGAUCAGCCUGAUCAACCUGAACGACGGCACCUGUGCCGGCAUGGUGCACCCCGGCCUGAAGGCCAUGACGGUGCAGAGCCACCCGGAGGCCUCCCCCGGACCCCACGACAGCGACGUGGCCUUCAGCCAGGUACAUGCCGGCAUGCACGCUUGGGUGCCCUCGUGCAUGGCCAGCCAGCCUGCCAGCUGCGGCGCUCUGCUUGUACACGUGGUCUCCACGCUCCGCUCUCUCCCUCCCCCCUGA